CUCCCUGACACCAGCCGCUGUGUUGCUCUCGCUCCCCACAAUGAAAUACGAGCUGUUCUUCGUGUGGUUGGCAGUCCUGGUUGCAGCUGUCAUGGCUGCUCCAGGCGGUAUUGGCUAUGGCGGAUAUGGUGGUGGAUUUGGCGGUUACGGUGGUGGAUUAGGAGGAUUCAGCGGUGGAUAUGGAGCCUAUGGUGGUGGAUAUGGAGGCUACGGUGGUGGCUACGCUGGUGGAAGAGCUACCAUUAACUUCAAUCUGGGACAUGGUGGCGGAUAUGGUGGUGGCUUGGGAGGACAUGGCCUAGGUUUGGGCUUUGGACGUGGUGUAGGAUACGGCGGUGGCUAUGGUGGUUAUGGAAAAUAGUUGUAAUAAUUCCUGCCAUCAAAUUUACAGAGAAUUAAAUACAAUAACAUUUGAAUAA